AUGUCGGAACGCAAUAAACGACGCAAACUGAAUCCCGAUACAGAAUCAUCACCAAAAUCUGACACCAAACACAGCCCAAACAUAGAGCACCUCCCAGAGAAUAUACUCAUCCAAAUCAUCACCAAUCUCCCCGGUCUCGACACCCUAUGGAAUCUCCUCAUCGCAUCACCUCGCUGCUACCGCCUCUUCAACAACCAGGCGCUCACUAUCAUCGAACAAAUAUUUUCUAGCCCCAACUCCAUCCUACCACCCAAGAUCCAGGAGAUCGUCCGCGCGGUAAUUCUCACGCGAGCUGGUUCUCUUCCGUUCAAGAGCCUUGAUGAGUUGCGAUAUCAGUUUAUCCACCAUAAACUGCCCCUCCGAAUAAUUAAAAACAGGACAUGCAUAUCUUUUGGCUCCGAUAGUUUAACUGCCUCGGACAUACCCGCAUCAAUUAUUCGAUCUGUCGUUGCAACGGCUCACCACAUCUCGGCUCUCACAAACGCGUGUCUAUCAUUCUAUCUCAAACAAGUCUACGAUCCGAGUAUUUUCGCGCCUCAGCAUUCCCAAACGCCUCUACCACUCUACAAAAUUAGAGGUUCAAAUCCUCCAGAGGGCGAUAAAACACCCGCCUGGCAUGAAGUAUUCGUUGGAACUCCUUACACAGUGGUUGAUGCAGGGCCGCCCAGCUGGGUGGAAGAAAUGCGCGUUACACGCGCCAUGUGGCUCAUCCAAUUAGUGGGAGAUGUGCGAAGUUUUGUUCUAAGUAAUUUCAGUACAUCAGGCUGGUCAUACGACGACAUUAACAGAACAUUCCCAACAUCCACUGCCGCUUUUGCGCAAGAUGGGACGAUGAAUAGCUCUGCUGAAGAGGUAAGGUCCGUGCUGGAAUAUCUAGAGAAACUCGGCAUCCAAAAGAAAGGCAAACCAUUCUACAAGCUACCUAAACUCCCCCCAGACGCGAAACCCGUCAACCCAGUAACUCCCCUCCCAGACCCAUGCGAAGCAACAUGGGGAGGAGUCGGCAUCUGGUACAACUACGGCCACAAAACCAUCAAACUCCCUCCCACCCCCGAAGCCCGAAAACGCGCCAAGAAUCCCCAGCUCAGCGAAGCUUCUCUCCGGGGCCAGACGAGAGCGAGCCUUGAAAGCGAAGCUCCCGCACUAACUAUGCUCCGACAUUUCACAGAGGGAAGAUAUGGAUUGCCGAUUACAAACGCCAGGUUCGAGACGUAUCAGCCGUUUGGAUUGGCGUUUUGGGAUAAACGGAGAUUGCAGCUGCUGGGCCUUUUGGGAGAAGGGCAGCAAAGUGAGCGAGACCUUGAUUUCUACUGCUUUGCGUGGGAGAGCUUGAUGGAUGCUCGUUGGGUGAGGCAUAUCAUGACUGUGCUAAGAGACGGUGUUGGGUUGGAGAAUGAGGUUGAAGGUGAUGGAUCUGGGGUUGUAUCUGGGGAUGAUGAUGAUGACUCUGAUGAGGAAGAGUAA